CCUUGAGUUUCUUUCAUCUAAUCUAUUAUUUGGUUACAUAAACUCCCUUUUCAGAUAUUAUCUAUUUUCCAGAUUACCAGCAGCUGAUUCAAUAAUUCUGCUGGUUACAAGGGUUUUGAUACUAAAGGACGCUUAAAGUUGGUUUGUUGUCGAAACAGUUUAAAGGUUUCCACUAAAGAAUGUUGAAUUAGGCCUAAUUUAGUUUAAGCUGAAUUAGCUGAAUUUGUGAUGGGGAUAGAAGAUGGAGAACUUGAGUUCUCUAACCAAGAUAUGUUUUUGGGUUCCAAUGUUGGUGAUGGUCUAAGUAGUGGUUCCAUGAGUAGUUUCUUUAAUGAAAUCUUCAAUGACACACAGCAUGGUUGUAUGCAUACUCACACGUGCAACCCACCCGGACCGGAUUCCUCACACACUCAUACAUGUUACCAUGUCCAUACCAAGAUUUUAUCUGCUACGAGUGAUGAUGACAAGACUCCUACUGAUGACACUGCCGAAUCCUCAGGGAAAAAAGGCAAGAAACAAUCUUCAGGGAAUAGGGAAGCUGUGAGAAAGUACCGUGAAAAGAAGAAAGCACGUACCGCUUCAUUAGAAGAUGAAGUGGUUAGAUUGAGAGCAAUGAACCAGCAACUAAUGAAAAGAAUUCAAAGUCAAGUGGGGUUGGAAUCAGAAGUUGGGAGACUCAAGUGUUUGCUGGUGGACAUUAGAGGGAGAAUCGAAGGAGAAAUCGGCUCAUUUCCUUAUCAGAAGCAACAAAUGACUAACCAGAGCCUUGUUAAUUCUUGUAAUAUGCAGAGCACGUCAGUGAUGCACCAUGAUUUGGGUGUCGAUGGUUGUGACUUUGAGGAUCAGUGUCUGGGCAACCAAGGUUUAAUGCUCAAUGAGUGUGGAGGAUGUGAAGCUAACGAUGAUUUUGCAGGUGUCAAUCCAUCUCCUGGAACUAAGAGAAAAGGGAGGCGUUCAUGUAGCAACAUCUAGAUGAAUUGCACACUAUAUAGCAGCAGCAUUGGCCUUAUUAGUGUAAAGUAACAAUCUGCUUGAUCGCUAUAUAUUGUGCACCUAUCUUGCAUGUCCUUUUUUGCUAUUUCAGUUGAGUUUUCCUAUUUAUAAAGCUCGGAAUAAUGUUGUUUGUGUCAUUUCAAUAAUUUGGUUCAGCUGGUCAUAUUUGACCUUAACAUGA